GGUAGUACGCACGCGUUUUCGUACACAUCCUAGCGAUAUAAGUGAGAAAAGUUUUAAUUUCGAGUGCGAUUAAAUUAAAUGAGAAAACAAUGACAAUGGACGUUCAAAACAAUUAUCAAAAUUAUAAAGAGCAGUCUCCCGACUCAAAAGAGACUAGUUUAAAUAUUGAAAGUGCCAAAACUUCGCAGAACAUGAAGACAGACAUGCAAACAACAAUUCUCAACCAAGGAAAGGCAUCGAAACGCUCUUUCGAUGUUGCUUUUUUAAUGAUGCCGGAUGAAAAAGUUCGCCAUUCACAACCGGAGAGACAGUUGCGAGUUUCCAAACAAUUAUUUAAUACAGAAGAGUGGGAACCGUCUAAGAGGGUGGCGGAUAUUUACAAGCAUAGCGAUUACUCCAACGAUAACACUUUGGAUUCUAAAGAUCUAGACGAAGAUCGAGGACGUAUGAACAACAACAUAUCUCCGGGCUUCGGUUCCGACGUCAACAUUGACGUCGGUACAGAUGAGUAUCCGAGUAAGUCCAUAUAUUGCAGUGAUUCCGAUACGUCUGAUCAAUCAAGAAGCCGACCUAAUUCGAACGAGAGUGCAGCGCGGCACCCGAAAUUUUUGCCCGAAUACAAAAACAAAAUAUUUGAUGAUCCGACUCUUAUCAGCAUACAGUCAAGAGCUAGGUUUGAAAGUCGAUUUGGAGAAAAAUCUCAUGAGAUGUCGCCGAAAAGUGCGUUCACCAAAGUAUCCAACUUUAGCGUCCGAUCACCAAACCCAUCGGUCAGUCCGGAUAAUCUUCUCUACCAGAAUUCAGUAAGUCCACCACUGUCCUCUUCCACCUCACCGAGUUACAACAAAUCAAGCUUCAACAAUCUCCUGUCACCCGCUCAUUUAUUAAAUGGCCACAAUUUUUUCAAAGGACAAAACGUUCCUUCUUCUUCACCAAAUUAUCCUGAAUCUAGUCCUGUUCACAGAACAAGUGCAACAUUUAAAGCAGUGGAGUACCAAGGGAAAGCAGACUCGAAGACACCACAAAUGUCACCUAAUAAAAUGAAUUUUUUGCCCUUCAGACCCGAGCUACCGUAUCUACAGGCGGGACCGUCUUAUCCAUUUGGUGUUCAAAAUUUUCAGCCACCGAACCCGGAUUUUAUAAAAUUUUCUGGACCUCCCCGAGAACCGGUAAACCCUUUGAUCGCUAACCCUGCAGCAGCAAUUCUAAGUACCCUUUUACCCUCAACUAUUGCUGCAUUUUCAUUACCAGCUCAAAAUGUGUGCGCAAAAUGCAGUAUAAGUUUUAGAAUGACUUCAGACUUAGUUUACCACAUGAGAACUCAUCACAAGAGUGAAUCGGCUGCGGAUCCACAUAGGAGGAAAAGAGAGGAAAAACUAAAGUGUCCAGUUUGUAACGAAAGUUUUAGAGAGAGGCAUCAUCUGACCCGACAUAUGACGGCACAUCAGGAUAAGGAAGGCGACUUGGAUGACGUAUCGCCUACUCAGAAUUAUAAUAAGAAAAGCAAACAAUUUUACCCUCACAAUGGGGGACCUCUUCUUCAUAAAUAG